AUGGCAUCCCUGGGACCAACACCCCACGAGUGCACCGAGCUGCUCCAACGAAACCUCGAUGUCUUGCUCAAGGUCCUCAACCCCGCAAAGUGGGACAAGAUGACGGACGACCAACGAAACAGCAUCCUGUACAUUCUGAAGGCGGCCGCCGACACAUCCAACAACCUGUCGGAGAUCGCACACGCCGAGGCUUUGAGCCGCAACUACUCGAUCAGAGCUGGAGCAGAGAUGGAAAUGGCCUGUGAAGGCACUCAGGUAGACGCGGAGGGUAACACAACAGAGGGUGCGAGUGAGUAUGCGUUAGAGCAGAGGGAAAAAAGGAAGUUUGAGCUCGAGAGAGCGGCUAUGGAAUGCGAAAGGGUGAAGGCUGAGACGGCCAAGUUGACUGCGGAGACAGAGAGGAUCAAGCUGGAGAUGGAAGAAUUGAAGGUCUGUACCUGUAUGGCGACUGCGAGUACGGGGGAUGGGUGGUAG